AAGGGUUUAAAAAGUUCGGAGUGCAAGGGUGUGUGCGGGAGGAGGAGCUAAUCUGCACAGGUAGUGAAGACAGAGGGAAAGAGGAGGGUUUUAAGUGUCAAGUUACCUCGAAUACUUCAGUUUUGUUUUGUCAGCAGGUCACUGAAAACACUCCCUGUGGAUCAGCAGAGGGAUGAAAUAUAAGGCUAGCGUUUUCUUACAGCCUUAGGGAUUCAGAGGAAAGUUAGGCUCCCUUCUUACUGGGUUAAUUUAUGCUGUUGAAGGAAGACAAGGUGAGGAAAAGAGAGAGGGACUAAAUCAAAACAGGUAGCGUUAUUGUUGUGUAAGCCAGAGGAGCAGUCGGUUCAGAAGAAAACAACAAAGAAGAUAUACAAGGAACAGCAAGUUUCUAGUAGAGUCUCACCUUCAGGGAGCAGGAGCCUUACUCGCUCUCUGCUCAGUGUCUGAUGUGGUGCAUCUCAGCUUUACCAAUAAGGAUAUCUGCAUCAUGUGGACAAUUGCCCAGCUGCCUGAGGAAAGCACUAGACCAUUGAAUCCCAGACAGGCAGUCGUUCCAAGGCCAGGUCGCCACAGAAGGCCCAUGACGGCUCCAAAGACUCAGACAGACAAGGCGUCGAAGAGGAAGAGAGUGUUGCUGACUGUGGUGACAGUACUGGUGUUGCUGGGCAUACUGGCCACUGCAGGGUACUUUGUUAAGCAGCUGAUCGACAGCAAGUAUUUCUUCUGCAAGCGUUCUGUGAAGUUCAUCCCACUUGACCAAGCCUGUGAUGGGAAGAAUGACUGCGCUGGAGGAGAGGAUGAAAUUACCUGUGUGUCAAGUUUUACGGUCAACACUACGUUUCCAGUGCGCCUGAUGUCAGAUCAGAGUGUCCUGCAGGUGUACAGCCCAGGCCCUGGAUGGCGGAGUGUUUGUAGCGAUGACUGGACCGAGCAACAUACACAAACAGCAUGCCGGCAGCUAGGAUACACAUAUAAACCUCGUAGCAAGAACAUCCGUGUGGACACUUUAACAACCACCAUGAAAACUGGACCAUUUACAGCCAUCAGAACUGGCAGUGGGACCACACCCAUACAUCAGGCCACGAUUGAUCGUAGUGUGUGCAGAUCUGGUUCUGUGGUGUCUUUGUCCUGUUCAGAUUGUGGAAGUGUGGGUUCUCAGGACCGUAUUGUUGGAGGUACAGAUGCUUUCAUUGAAGACUGGCCGUGGCAGGUCAGCCUUCAGCAGAGUGGUCAUCAUACCUGUGGAGGCUCAUUGGUGUCACCGCAGUGGGUCGUCACUGCCGCCCACUGUUUUGCUGGCAGUAAAAAGGAGCUCAGCCGUUGGAGAGUAGUGUCGGGCCGCACCUUCAUGGGCACCCUGGGAGGCUCCUAUGUGGACAAGAUUAUAAUGAAUGGGGACUACAAUCCAGCACGAAAUGACUAUGACAUAGCGCUAAUACGACUCUACAGCCCCAUCACAGUAUCAGUGAACCGCAAGCCAGUGUGUCUACCUCCUAAAGCCCUUGGCCUUGCUCCUGGUUCCUCUGUGACUGUGACUGGCUGGGGAUACCUGGAGGAAAAUGGAAAAAUUUCUCCUUCACUUCAGAAGGCCAACAUCCCUAUAAUAGACCGGGCUGUGUGUUCCAGACCUACUAUCUAUGGUGCUUCUAUAACACAAAGGAUGAUCUGUGCUGGUAGACUGGAAGGGAACGUUGAUGCCUGCCAGGGUGACAGUGGGGGCCCAUUGGUGUUCUUUACAUCCUCUAAAUGGAAUCUGGUAGGAGUGGUGAGCUGGGGUGUUGGCUGUGCCAGGGAAAAUAGGCCAGGAGUCUACAGCAACGUGGAAGAGUUGUUAAACUGGAUACGAACAGUUAUUGAGAAAAACUCCUGAUGGCCUCAGCGAUGUCCCAUCCUGAUGCGCAGACACCAUCAGACUCUAGGUUCCAGACUACGUUGGAAAGACUGUUAUUUACAGGAAGCUUUUGAGUCUCUAUGGUUCACUGGAAACAGGAAACAGAAGGAAGAAGGAACAUAAAGCUGCAUCUUAACAGCGAAACAAACGAACAGUUAAACACUACCAAAUGCACGAACACUGCACCUACACAUGCAUGCAUGGUGUGUCAGGUGUUAUUUGUGCCAUAUCAGGAUCUUAUCUCAGGGUUUGAGUGUAUUUAUGUUGUCAUCUGUCUUUGGGCAGUCUGGGAUCUUCAUGAAAAAAUGCUCCGGGUCAUUUUUAGAGAUUUUUUUAGAGAUUUUUUUUUUUUUUAGCUUCUACACUGUCUUAUUGAAAUUGACAAACAAAUUUCAUGGUUUUAGUCAUUUUUGAAAUAUCUAUCAAUAUAUUAUAUAUAUAUAUAGAUAUAUAUAUACUAUAUAUAUAUAUAUAUAUAUCUAUUAUUAAAAUCUGCACAUUUCAUUACUUUUACUUUCAAUGAAAUGAGGACAAAAUAACAUAAGUGAAAAGCUGUUUAACAUUCUGUCAAGACUUUGUAUCCUACCAAAGUGGCAGAAGUAAGACAUAAUGUAGCUGUCUGCGAUGUGCUUUAAGUUAUAAAUGUGCAGUGUGAUGUGAGGGUUCAUAUUGAAACUAUUAUGUAUGCACAAAUGUGACAGAAAGGGGUAAACUGUGCUACACUAAUAUCAGCAAACGUCUGUGUGAAGCCUCAGGUUAACAUAGCCGCUUUUUGACGCCAAAUUCAGGUGUUUUUGCAUUUCUGGUGCUGAUUCAGUUGAUCUGAUAUAUGCCCAAAAUGAGGCUGAAUGCAUCCUUUAGCACAGAUAUUGUGGGUUUGCCUCCUACCACAGAUUGAUGUACAUGAGCACUUUAAGUGGAACAUGUGAAUUACUUGACCUUACUUUUUGUUGCUGAUGUUUCAAGAAAUUUGUCUUAAAAUGCACUGAAGACUUUAGUUCCAAUUACAUUGUAUGUGUUCAUAGUGCCCACAAAGAUUUCCAAAGUGCAAUUAGAUAUCUAAUGUACUUUGAAAACUAAUAAUAGAGCCCAGAUAUCCUGAGUGCUGGUCACUCACAUUAAAAACUGAAAAUCUGAAGUCUGAAGCACAAAACUUGUAAGAUUUGUGCAAUCAGAAAAAAAUGAAGAAAAAAUGCAAUCAGAAAAAAUGAAGUGAAAAAUGAGUGGCACUUCUAGAUUAAAAUGGAAAAAAAAAAAAAGUAGUUAAUACUGAAAUACACUAUUAGAAAACAGUUGUAUAUGGACAUACUUCGAGGUUUACAUAUGUGGAUGAUAUGUAACUGUAAAUAUAUGAUGUGUUUUAUUGAUGUUGUGUACUCUUAGUGACAAAUGUAAAAAAAAAAAAAAAAACAAUAACUUGCCUGUGGUAAAA